GCCCUACGACAUUUAGAUUCUAGGUAACAACAUUUAGGAGAGAAUCAUUUGCUGGAUUGUUUUCUUACGUAGAAAUUCAAUUUCUUAUCAACGAUGGAUGUUGCCGAUCAAAGAACCGGAAUUACUCAAGUGAAGGAUGACGUUGCAGAGAAAUGUCAGAAGCUGUUUCAAGAUUUUUUAGAAGAAUUCACAGUGGACGAUGAUGUGAAAUAUUUGAGAGAUGUCCAGGAGUUGAUCCGACCAGAGAGGAAUACUCUUAACGUGAGCUAUGAAGACAUCCAGGAAUAUAAUCAACAGCUUGCAACCACCAUACAAGAGGAAUACUACAGAGUGUAUUCUCAUCUCUGCCGAGCGGUGAGGAACUUUGCUCGUGAUCACACACAGGUUCCACCUAACAAGGAGUUCUACAUUGCCUUUGAAGACUUACCAACCAGACACAAAGUUCGUGAGAUGACCACGGCUAAGAUCGGUACUCUGAUUCGAAUCAGUGGUCAAGUCGUCCGAACUCAUCCUGUCCAUCCUGAGCUGGUCAGUGGAACGUUUGUCUGUCUCGAUUGCCAGACACAGAUCAAAGAUGUGGAGCAGCAGUUUAAAUUCACACAGCCCACCAUAUGCAGGAAUCCAGUAUGUGCCAACAGAAGCCGUUUCAUGCUGGACACGAACAAGUCUCGCUUUGUGGACUUCCAGAAGGUCAGAAUCCAAGAGACACAAGCAGAGCUACCAAGGGGAAGCAUACCACGCAGUGUUGAAGUUGUCUUGCGAGCAGAAGCCGUAGAGCGCCCCCAGGCAGGCGAUAAAUGUGAUUUCACCGGAACCCUCAUCGUAGUACCUGAUGUAUCGACGCUCUCCAUGCCAGGUGCACGUGCAGAGACAGCAGCCCGUGGUAAGGGUGGUGCAGGGUUUGAUCAAGAGGGUGUGAGGGGACUCAAGGCUUUAGGUGUAAGGGAUCUAUCUUACAGGUUAGCCUUCUUGGCUAACUAUGUCACAGCAUCGAACCCAAGGUUUGGUGGACGAGACAUGCGAGGCGAGGAGAUGACUGCGGAAGCCAUCAAGAAACAGAUGACGGAUCAAGAAUGGCAGAAGGUUUAUGAAAUGAGUCAAGACAAGAACCUCUACCACCACCUCAUCACGAGUCUCUUCCCAACCAUUCAUGGUAAUGAUGAAGUGAAGAGAGGUAUUCUGCUGAUGUUAUUUGGGGGAGUUCCCAAGACAACGAUGGAAAAAACCAGUCUCCGUGGUGAUGUAAACGUGUGCGUUGUUGGUGACCCCAGUACAGCCAAAAGCCAGCUUCUCAAAGCUGUUGAAGAGUUUAGUCCAAGAGCAGUAUACACCAGUGGAAAGGCCAGCUCUGCCGCAGGUCUCACAGCAGCCGUAGUCAGGGAUGAAGAAACAUCAGAGUUUGUCAUCGAGGCUGGUGCGUUGAUGUUGGCUGAUAAUGGUGUGUGUUGCAUCGAUGAGUUUGACAAGAUGGACGUCAAGGAUCAGGUGGCUAUACAUGAAGCCAUGGAACAACAGACGAUCUCCAUCACAAAGGCUGGCGUCAAGGCCACUCUCAACGCUCGUACCUCCAUCCUGGCAGCUGCCAACCCCAUCGGAGGGCGCUAUGACAAGACAAAACCACUCAAGCAGAACAUCCAGCUGUCCGCUCCUAUCAUGUCCAGAUUCGACCUUUUCUUCAUCCUUGUGGAUGAAUGCAAUGAGGUGACCGACUAUGCCAUUGCCAGACGUAUUGUGGACCUGCAUGCUAGGAGGGAGGAGAGUGUGGAGAGGCAUUACUCGGUAGAAGACAUGCAGAGAUACCUCAUGUUUGCCAGACAGUUCAAGCCAACAAUCACCAAGGAAUCCCAGGACUUCAUGGUGGAUGAAUACCGUCGUCUGAGACAGCGAGACAGCGGGUCGACCACGUCGUCAUGGCGCAUCACCGUCCGUCAGCUCGAGAGCAUGAUCCGCCUCUCGGAGGGAAUGGCAAGGUUACACUGCCAGGACGAGGUCCAGCCCAAGCACGUGAAGGAGGCCUUCCGUCUCCUCAAUAAAUCCAUCAUCCGGGUCGAACAACCGGUCAUCAACUUUGAAGAGGAGGAAGACGAUGGGCCCCAACUGGACGAGGAUACAGCGACCCCGGUGGAAGCCAUGGAAACGGACACGCCUCCCACCCAGGAGCAGACGACGCAAGAUUCUGCGGCUCCUAGCCCCAAGAAGAAGGGAUUGCACAUGUCGUUUGAAGAGUACAAGAUGACGUCAAACCUACUUGUUAUCUACAUGAGACAACAGGAGGAGAAGGAAGAGGAAGGCUUUGAAGGGGUAAGAAAGAGUGACGUGGUGAACUGGUACCUGAAGGAGAUGGAGGAGGAGAUUGAGACGGAAGAGGAGCUCAUCGAGAAGAAGACCAAGGUCGAGAAGGUCAUCGACAGACUGGUUCAUAGGGAUCAUGUGAUCAUUGAGCUAGCCAAGACAGGACUGAAGACAAGACGAGUCGGUACCCCCGCCGUAGAGGGUGAAGAGAUGAUUACUGAAGAGGACCCUCUACUGGUUGUCCAUCCGAACUUCUCCAUCGAAGACUAGACCUCCCGGAAGACUGAAUGCUAAAUUAUUGAUAUGAACUAUUAACGGGUUGUGAUGUCACUUGUGGUGAUGAGACUGCAACGGAGAUGGGAUAUGACUGGAGCUCAUCUACCAUUUUUGGUGCUCACAGCAUUCAAGUGAUUUCUUCCUAUAUUUCAAAGUACCCACUAUUCACCACACCUAGCUGGAAAGUGGCAAAUGUUGUAGAUUUGAUGUCUUCCAAAGGACAGGAGCAAUUUGGGGAUUCAAACCCAUGAUUCUCAUUUCGGCAUCCACUCAACUUUGACAUCUUUAAAAAAGCUGUUUUUAGGAUCUCAUAAAGAGAUAUAAAACACCUUCUUCCAAAAAAAUUUCCAAUGUUGAUGAUAACACUAUAGUGGAAUGCAUUAGCAUGUUUAGAUUGGUUGAACGGUCAUCCAUUACUAUGUCAUGUCUUAUCCCUUAUGAAUAUAUUCUUAUAUGAUGAGUAACUAUGAUUGCACAUUGCCUGCAAAAUGUCCUUUAAACCUCGUUCAUUGGAUCAACUUUGCUUAAUUUUUCAAGAUGGUGUGAAAUUGACCCCAUCAUUCUAAAUGAAUAUUGUUUGCUCUGAGACUGAGCGGCAUAUUUUUUAACCUGGAGUUGAGUCGUUCUGCCUCUCAACAGAUAAUAUGAUGGCAUUAUACUGCUUAUAAGGGGGAUAAUUCAAAGGAAACUAGUUGAAUGAAAUUCAGAAUAUGGCUAUUUGUACGUGUACAUAUGUGAAUAGAAUGCUAAUUAUGUCAAUAGUAUCUUUUUUGUACAGGAUCUAAACCUCAAUUAUUGUGAGUUGAUGGAAAUGCAUAAGUUAAACUUCAAAACAAUUGGGUACAUGUAAUGUACUGCAUUAUCAUUUAUUGAUACAUGUUAGCUGUAGGCUGGCAAUACUGUCGCAUUCACAGAUUAUAAGUACCGGUACUGCUAAUUUUUUGCUUCAUGGAGACAUGAAGAAGGCAUUCCUAACCUUGUACCCGGGACCCGUUCCACAAAGCAUUUUUUCAAUGACGAAUGAAAAAAAUGGAUUUCAGUAGCUUAUAACAAAGACUGUCAUUUAUCACCGAUAACAAGUUUCGUGAAACGGGCUCAUGGUUUCAUGCUAGAUGUAUAUUUGUAAUAUUUUGUCUUCGUUUAGUUUGGGUACAGAAAACACCGGAGAUGAAAGUCGUGCAUUUUGUAAAAGCUACAUUAAGUUUGUGUGAUUGCUUGAAAUAAAGUUGCAUUAUAUUCCUGA